GUCUGUAAAGGUGUGGGUUCGUUUCCUGACCCUUUUCGCGCCGCGCGUGCAGCGAUCAUCAUCAUCAUCAUCAUCAUCAUCAUCAUCUUACAGGCUGUUGCUUCCUCCUGAGGGACCGUAAGCGCUCUUCACAGCCUGCCUGCACACUAUACCGAAUCUGGCUAAUACUACACAUUAAUUUGCGAGAUCGGAUGCGUUAUAUUGUCUCUCACUCACACCAUACACGCAUUUCGCAGGGAAUAUACGGAAUUACAGGCGCAACAAAUGAUGAUGUGACGGCCAUCCGUUCAGAAAGAGAAUAAAAGCUAGCUGUUCAGUCAGUGGACGCUGCAUUUCUGCAAACGAAGCAAAGCCUCAGACAAUCCUUUCCCAGAUGAACAGUUACAGUAGUGUGUUCACUACUGACAGACAGCAGUCAUCUGGAAUUAUACCCUGCGCCCUGGAGGAGAAACAGGUUUAAGAAACUCUACUGGUGAACGUCUGCAACCAAUGAGCAUUGCGUCAGGAGAAGCAGCAAUACAAACUCUCUGUGGUCUGUCGUCCCCUCUGCUCUCUUCUAAUGGUUUGAUGGAGAUCUGGUCGGAUGACAGCUGGAACUGUUGUCAUAACCGGAGGAAUUCUCGCAACAGUGAUACUCCUAUGUAUCAUUGCAGUGCUUUGUUACUGUAGACUCCAGUAUUACUGCUGUAAGAGGAAUGAGUCAGAAGGGGAGGCGGGCUCGGUCGGAGAUCCUCAGCCACAGUUCGCCUGCAACGCAUGCAGCGCUCCGGGAGUGGACGGGGCGGCCGUCACACCUCUCUCGCUGCCCUACGACCCCGCUCCGCAGCAGAGCUACUGCCCCACUUGCUCGCCCUACUACCUCCGUGGCUCGGAUGAGAUGCGUAAUGGCGGCGAACGGCUGUCCUACAUGCCCGCUCACUAUGAGAACCAUGGCGCCACUGCCCUCGGUUUGGCCGCCAUGUACGGCCCCGUGCUGAGCCACCGCAGUACACCAGACUUUUACACCAAUACACGAGCCAUCAGCACUGACGUCUGACCCUCACAGACCCAGAGAUGGACCCAGGGACAGAGCUGUCUCUGUGAACCAGAGCAUCUGGGGGCCGUGCCAUCUCCUUGCGCAAAGAGUCGAAAGACCUACAGGAUGCCACGUUAUUCUGCCACGUUAUUCUUCCACACAGGCCUAAGGCCAUCUUCAGUCUUCCAUUGUCUUUUGUUUUACCCGUUUUACCUCUUCUUCUUCUUGCACACCACUCCCUCUCUCUCUCUGCUGUGAGGGCUGUGUGUUGACUGAAGUGUUUGUGGGGGUUUUGGCCUUUUUAAUGUCAAAGGUUAAAUGCAAAUAGGAUAUUUUAUUUAUCAUGGAAAAGUCAGAUAUAGAAGGAUAUUGUAAAUUAAGAAAAAAGAAAUGGAGCAUCCCAAGAAAGCUUUAAAGGCUCAUCUUAAGUAUUUCAUAGUUUAUGGUGACAAAAGUUUUUAAUAGCUUUUAAAAUAAAUUACUUUUGUUGGAAAAAGCAUUACAUUCAGCUUUAUCUAAAUAGCCCCUGAUAUGCUGAAUCUUUUUAUUUUAAACACUUAUUUUUGGAUGAGAAAUUAACCAAAAAAAUGUAAUUGUCUUAAUCUAUGAAGAUGUGUUGGGAAAAUGUAAAAUGAAUUACUGAUAUAUUGGUUAAUUUGUAUUUAAAUAUGUCACAUCAACUAAAAUUCACAGUGGCACACAGUGAAAUAUGUUGGCAGUUUUGAAAAUCAAAUAAGAUUGAGGUUGGAGUCAUGUGUUGUUCACUCUCACUUAUUUAUUUGUCCAUAUCCACUACUUUUUAAAACUAAGAGCUUUUUAAAUUAACAUUUCAGUGUAGCUGCUGAUAUCUCCAAUGCCAUAUAAUUUUCAGAUUUAUACACAACAUUUUCAAAAAUCUUCUUAAGGCAAAGUCACUGAGAAAAUGUCUGAAAAAUAUAUAUAUAUAAAAAAAACAUUUCAUUGUUCUUAUUGAAAUGAUAAUUAUAUGAACAAUAGUUUCCUUGUCUUUGCAAAAGUGUUUAUGUAAAUUAUUAUAUUUUCUCACAUACUUGUUUCAGUCCCAUUGGUUUGUGCAUUCUGAUGUCGAUAUUCACUGUCACUCUUUGUUAACUGGAUCACAUUACAAAUCACAAGAAGGCACUUCUAUUUUACAUGUGGAUACGUUUUUGGCAGAAAUGGGGGGGGGGGGGGUCUGGAAGUAAACAUCAGUCUAUGGUUUAAAAUACUGAAGGAAAAAAGUAGCUGAUUGUGCACAUAUUUCACAGAAUGCUUUUAAAUAUGAAGUAAGCAUUUAUAAAUGCCUGUAGACUUUUAUAAAAUUGGUCAGUUGUGAUCAGAGUAAUAAAAGCCAUUUCACAUCUAUAAAAUACAUGUACAUAAAGAUCAUAAUAUUUCAAUGAUUGAAAAGUUUCCUGUCAAGUCUCUCUAUUCGAACUAACUGCCAAUGCUUCUGUUUGCUUUAAUUGUGUUUUUCUUCCAUAUUCCUAUUCAUGUUGCUAUA